CGUAGUAGUCGCACGAGGGCAGUCGCGCCGGUAGCACGCCGCCCCGCGAGUCCGCUCCACGCAGCGCGUACGAUGACAGUGCCUCCGGUAGCUUUCUACACAACGGUACACGCGUAGGCCCGGCAUGUUGGCGAAUUCACGUUUUACCAAGUUUCCCGUAGCCUGACCUGAGCUGAAGGAUUGCGAAACUGUACAAGUGAAGUUUAUAAAUACAUUGGCAUUAGUGCGAAGUGACGUUCGAUCGAGAUGAGCGCGUGCAGCAAGUUUGCAGACUUUUGGAGGAAUACUUGUGGAGCAGGCAUGUCUCUCGACGAAGGCAGACAGUCGCAGCGGCCGUACCGGUACGGCAUGGUGCUGCUAUGCGCCGGAGCGCUGAUCAACUGGCUAGGACUAGCAGAGGAUUACGCCGAGCCAGUGCGCUACGUCGGCGUGGCUUGCAUCGUGGCCGGCGCGCUGCUCAUCUGCGCCGCCAUGUGCUGCUGGCUGCAGUCGCCCGCGAGGCAGCCGCACAACGAGCGCUCUUCGCCUGACACACAUCAGAUCGACGACCCUAUCCACGUGAUAUCGAUGCCCGAUGAGGAGACAAUGCAGCAGAAGCCGCCGGACUACGACACGGUGGCGGGCGCGCCGCCGACGUACGACGACGCCAUCAAGCUGAACCCCGCGCGCCUGCUGCCCGCCACCAGCAGCGCGCACGUGCACACGCCGCUGCCGCCCGUGGACGCGCCCUCCGUCAUCCCCGGCCAGCCCGACGAGCUGGCCCCCGUGCACCGCACACAGAUCCCCAAAACCCCCCCUCCCCCCUCCAGACCGACCCACGCCAUCAGAUGAACCGCGCCCAUGUGCUACUGUUACUUUAAAUCGACUGCUGUUUCAUGUGAUGGAACUUUAGGCUAAGGACUCGACUCGAGUCGAUAUUGAAGCCCCGGCAAUGCUACGGUAUUAUUUAUUGUACGUACAUAUCCGCGCAUGAAACGAUCGUUUGUUAGAUUGUCGAGCUUAGCGAUGCGUACUUAUGUGAUAUUAAGAAUGUAAUUAUUAAAUACUUAAUAUUAAUUACUGUACAUAAUAUUAUUUGUAAGGAAGUUUUGUUGAAAAUUUCUUAGAAUAAGUUAUGAACCUCUUCCAAUUGUUAUUACUGUGAAGUUUUCCUACAUAUGCAACUUAAUGAAGUUGAGUUUAAAUUGUAUAAAAUCAAUAGUCAUCAGAUAAUGUGUGUGUAGGAGUCUCAGUUGAGCUGGGGCAGGACAAGCAGCAGGCUGCCCGGGUGUAGAGCCCCAAGUAGGUGAACUGACGCAGUGUUCGAUAACACACGAGGAAGACGAAGGCAAAAGUGAAUACCGACUUACUAGCUUAGCAUUCAUGAUCUUCAGAACUGAAGGUUUAAUUACACUUUUCUUUUUUCCUUAGCAUAUUUCUCUCGCGCUAACCUAGCCAAAUCAGUAGCUUUUGUUAUACUUCCUUUCGACUGUAUUUCGUAUUUCUAAAUAGUGAUACUUCCUUGUUGAUAUGAAGAAUAUAAAGUCCGGUUGCAACUGUGUUUGAAAUGAGUAUAGUUGGAAUGAAUUAGUGAAUAUGAAAUAAUAUUUCAAUGUCCAUCUUCUCGAUCUAGUCCUUUAAAUUAGCGAUAAAACUAACUGUGUUUUUGACACGAGUUGAAGCUUAAUGUGUUUUUGUAAUUUGUACACAUUUUGAUUGCACAACUUGAAGGACCAUUAUAUUCGAUUCUGCAUAGCAAAAAAGGAUUUGUAGUCUAGAUGUAGUGAAGUUAAUAUGAAAUGUAUUUACUGGCUGUUCCUAUACUAAAUACAGAGUACCUAGAAGUUAUCAGGUAGUUUAAAAAUAGGUAUUCGCUGCAAUCAUUGGCACUCACACCGUGCGUUUUCAGUUGGACUUACGCCAUCUACUUGUAACUGACAUGUUUAACUGCAGUUGAUUUGGAGUUAUCAACACAUACCUAAAACAAACUGGAAUUUAACACUGCCUUCUGGCCUACCUACUUAGUCAAUCAAUAACUUGUUCAAGAUAAUAAGUAGGUGAUGGUUAGGUCAACCAUAUGUUUUUGAAAUGACGAUUGUGUAUAUCAUGAAUUAAAAAUGGGACCAAUAUCUAACGUUUAUGUACGCUUAUGUUAACCUACCUUGAAAUUUAUAAUCAUUAUUGCGUGUGCCUGUGAGUCGUUGGUGUUUUAUGAUACUGAAGUUGUGCAUUUAUUAUUUGUGCAUUGUACAAAGUUUGUGAAAUUGAGUGUACAUACAAAAUAAAUGUCGUUACUUUAA